AAAGUUCUCGCGGGUUUCUCGGGGGCGUCGCAUCCCCGACACUCCGGCUGGCGUGAGUCGUCCGGGAACCGCGAGCGUGCGCGCGGGGGGUCAUGGCGCCGAGCCGGCUUUCGCGGUUCGUCGUCCCCGCAGUCGUGGCCUCGGUUCUGGCCCUUGGCGAGGGCCGAGAAGGCGUCGACCGGCUGGCGCCGAAGACCUCGCGGGUCUACACCGGUCGGGAUCCCGACAUUACGGACAUUGAGACCCUCGUGACGCGCAAGGGCUACCCAUUUGAACGUCACCGUGUGGUCACCGAGGACGGUUACAUUAUCGAGAUGCACCGAAUACCCUGGGGGAGGAUGGGUAGGCCCACCGGUUGGCCACCGAAGAGACAGCCCAUCCUGCUCAUGAGCGGACUGCUCGGAGAUUCCUCGAACUACGUGCUCGAUUUUCCGCACCAGUCGCUCGGGUUCGUGCUCGCGGACCAGCAGUACGACGUUUGGAUCGGCAACGUCCGCGGUAACUCGUACGGCAAGGGGCACGUAAACCUCAAGGUCCGCUCGAAGGCGUUCUGGAACUUCUCCUUUCACGAACACGCCGUGUUGGACCUUCCGGCGCAGAUUGACUACGUGCUUCGCGCCACGGGGUGGCAGGAUGUUCCUUACGUGGGCGUCUCGCAGGGUACGCUCGUACUCUUCACCAUGCUCUCCGAGAGGCCCGAGUACAACCGAAAGGUGAAGGCAUUCGCCGGGUUGGCGCCGUUCAACAAGCUGACGCACGUGGAAAUCGUCGCAUUGACAGCGUUCACGCCGUACGCCGAGAAAUACUUGACGAGCGGCCACGAGGCGUUCCUGGCGGAAGUGCUGCCGCGGGGCGCCUUCUACAUGCCGUGGGCCAGCAAGUUCUGCGCGCUCCCCACGCGAGCGGUCUGCUCGCUGAUCGGCGACAUAGCCGGCGACCUCGGGAGCAAGUACAUGAACGAGGUGCGAGGAGCGAGGGCGUGUUUUUACGCCGUGCAGACAAGGCUUCCCGUCUACCUGCAUUUCAUGCCUGGAGGUACGUCCACCAAGAACAUCGUUCACUUUGCUCAGCUGGUGGCUUCUGCGAGACCUCAGAAGUUCGACUAUGGGCCUCGAAGGAACAUGCUCAUCUACGGUCAGCGGGUACCGGCCGAGUACCGCCUCGGCAACGUUCGAACGGACGUGGGCAUUUUCUGGAGCCGAGGUGACCACGUGAUCACCCCGCCGAACGUCCAGGAGCUCAUCCGGGAACUGGGGCCGCACGUCGCGAUGGACCACUUCAUCGACGAUCCCUACUACACGCAUGCGCACUUCUUGGUUGCAUUGAACAACCCGGACGUGUUGUUUGGGCGCCUGCUCGCCUUUCUCGAGAGAUACACCGCGACUGAUAACGGCUGAUUAAAGGAAGUUCCCAGAAAUUUAGACCACUCCAG